AUGUGUUCGAUGUGGAUCUCCACAGCUCAUCAUAUCCCUUGGACGACUGCGCUGAUGUCGCCUGUGGCCCUCUGGCUGGGCCUGGGCUGGGGCUGGCUUAGCCUUGCACAGGACCCGCUCUGCUGGGAUGGUUCCUUCACGGCCGACGUGUGUUGCGACACAAAAUUCGGCCCCCGAGGCCACGAAGCUUGCUGGGACAACGUCCACACCUUUGAGCGGUGCUGUGGGGAGGACUGUUUGGAUUCGCUGUCCUUCAACGUGGAGCGCUGCUGCGAUUUGGUGCAGAGCGAGACGGGCGACCAGGCAUGCUGGCAAGGAACACAUCACAGCUUUGAGCACUGCUGCCAGCCACGUGCGGGCGAAGCGGGUGCCAGUGCUUAUGAGGGGCUACCCAGCUUGCCAGAGUUCGGGGAAGGCUGCUGGGAUGCGGAGCAGCUCAUCACCUUUGCGCGCUGCUGUGGGACACCAGGGGUGAAGGACUACUGCUUUGUGGGUGAAUAUACCUAUGGCAGAUGCUGCACUGGCCUGCACCCCAUUCCCAGGAGCUUUUUGGACGUGCCAUUGGAACACGAACUUGUGAGAUGCUUGCGGGAAGCGAGAGAUGGCGGCAUCAGCAGCAAUGGAAGCUACGAGGAAUGCAACGGACGGUACUUCCACGUCUCGGCGGUGCUGUACCGCUAUGCCGAGUUCGAAGUGAUGCAUGACUUCUGGUGGCAACGUCCGCAGGACCCCCAGGAACUCAAGAAGGAAGAAAUCUUCAGCGCGAAAGGGCGCCGCGUGACCGCGCCGGAGUGGCUGCACCAUUCCGGGUCGAUUUGCGCUCCCCAGAGCUGCAGUGAGGAGGCGAUGGCUGGAUGGUUCGCGCCACUGGUGGACGUGGGGCAACAUUACAUUUGGCCCAAGUACCGCCAGCUCAACGACACUCACAUGCGAGUCUCGCCCUUGAAUGCAAGGAAGCGGCCCUAUCCCAAAUUUGAAGGUUCCUGGCUCUCAUAUCGACCUGCAGCAGAUGCCUUGCUCAGGCAGCAGCAGAAGUUGCAGAACUACUUCGAGUUCGUGCUCACUGAACAUAAGACUUUGAGGCAGCUGCGCCUGAGCCGUCAAAGCUGUGGCGUACUGCUGGCGCUCACGUUGCCAAUUCUCACCGCAAGUGUCCUGUUAGCUUUGGGUGUGCAGGCUGCCAAACCCUUGGCGCUUCAAAGCAGCGUAAUGCGACUGGGCAUGCCACGACCUCUAUGCUUUGACGUGUUCCGGAUCAUCACGAGCAUCUUCAUCGUUGCGGUGCACGUGAAGGAUCAUUAUUCGUUUCCAGAUCUGAAGGAUGACAGUGACAACAGGAUCUACAACUACGUCAUCUCUGCGGUCGAGGCCACACCAGUGAACUCUCUCGCUGUGAUGCUGCUGGUUCUCUUGGAACUCCGGCACUUGGAUGCCAUCGGUAGCGCCCGUUUGGCUGUUUCGGGGCCGCUCUCUUACCUGCGAGAGCUCACCAAGCACCUGCUGCGACGAUGGGUCUUGAUCAUGUCCAUCGUUGGCAUUUGGCUCUACUUCUACAUCGCAGUCUUCAUACAGGAAGUUGAAAUCCCAAACAUAGGAAAGAGCAAGUUUUUGUACAUUUGGUUCUGGCGCAAUCGACUGGAACUCAGCCGGGAUCAACCUUUGAGAAGUGGAUCCAAAAAAGUAAGUUCAGUAAGUUUUCCAUAA